AUGACCUAUUUGCAGCAUAUCAAGAUAUCAAAAUUUCGUAUUUGUCUGAAGGAGUUGUUUGCUGAUCAGCUUGACCCUGUUACCGUGUCUUACGUUGUUCUGGCAGACGUGUUUAAACCUGGCUGGUCUUACUUUUCUGGCUUUUGCUACUCCACAAGUACGUCAUGCAAAAACUGGACCGAGGCACAGAAAACCUGCCAACUAUACAACACCAGCCUCAUCGCCGUAAAAAGUCAAGAAGAAAAUGUCUACAUACAGCACCGUCUCAAUGGAGAGAAAGGAUGGAUUGGAUUUAAUGAAAGAGACACCGAGGGCACCUUUGUUUGGGCCGGUGUCAGCAAAGCCACGUGUCAAAACACAGCUGGAUCGUAUACAUGUACAUGUAUUAAUGGUUACACUGGAGAUGGAAUCACGCGCAGAGUGUUUUCUCUUCAGCUAUGUCUUUCAAGCGCGGAUGUCUUCCAAGCAGGAAGCGUCGACGUUACUGACACUUCCCAGAACAAUCAUGGUUGCCGGUCCGUCUCUUUCAAAACGCGGUUCCAGGGCUCAGGUGACGUCAAAGUAUUUGUUACUCUUAGCCAUGGGAACAAACAUGUCAAAAUCCACGACCCAGCAGCAGCGUGGGUAAAAUCGGUCUCUACGUCAGGAUUUAAGGUUUGCGUUCGCGAGGCAGGAAGUGGUUCGAAAGGUACGUCUGUCAUUAACUGGCUCGCAUUCCAAGGGUCUCAUCAAGGAAUCAAGUCUGGCAUCCUGAACUUUGAUGAAUGGACUACAAGGACACAGUGCAAACGAGUAUCGAUGAUUGAUAAGCACCGUAGCGGUUUCAAGAGCAAGCCACAAGUUUUUUUCACUGUUCAGCAUAAGCAUACAGACAGACCGCAUGAUUCUAUGAAUCUUUGGCUGGAAGGUGUCAAUAAAAAUGAGUUCUACGUCUGUAUGAAAGAGUUCAUGACAUUUGAUGGCAUCCAUUCGGGCCUAAAAGUGCAUUGGUUUGCUUAUGACGUCUUACCUUCCAACUGGAACUUCACUGGAGAAGGGAAGAUUCACUUCGCCGGAAACGGUCCUCCAUUACGAAAAAAUAAUUAUGCUUUUUGCCAGGAUUUCAAGUUUGAAAACCCAUUUUACGAGCCGCCUACGGUCCUGAUAUCCGGAAGUCACGAAAACAAUACAAGUGCAUCGCGGAAAAACCCUGAAGAUCGCUGUAACAAUGCUGUAAACGUUUGGAUAGAGGAGGUCAGUAGGUCAGCGUUUAAGGUUUGUGUAAAGGACAGCCAAGGACUGAGCAAGACUCACGACCCAAUAACUGUACAUUAUGCUAUCAUUGGAGACCUUGACCCGUGUAUCAACGUUACAUGCGACUACUUUGCUGUCUGCAAGGCAUUCGACGCAUUUGACGCCCGAUGCGUAUGCGAAGAAAACUGCCCUUCAUAUGAAGAACAAGUGUGUUCAUCUAACUCAACCACGUUCAAAAAUAAGUGCAUAUUUGAGCUGGAAAUGUGCAGACUGAAGAGCAACCACACUCUCUAUCAUCCUGGAAGUUGCAUGGGUUUUCCAGUUCAAAAAGGAAGAAUUGAGUUGAAGAGAGAUGUUCCCUGGGCAGAGACGGCCUGCGAGUUGGUGACCUUUCCGCCAUUUUCAUUCUACCCAGACAAGGAAGUGUACGUGCAGAUUACUAUCAAUUACUGGAACUCCACCAGGAGGAAUUUCGUGCACGAAGCCACUGUCUCGUGGGUGGAAAAUGUCAAUUACCAGAAUUUCAGGGUUUGUGCGACAGCUGCGGGAAGAAAUGAUCGCGGAACAAAAGAAUUUGCGACCGUCGACUGGAUGGCUUAUCAGGGAGCUCCAAAUGGAGGUGUGACAGGAAAUACACGUAUUCCAGAAUGGUGGACUGGAACGAAGUGCAUAGAAAUUAGUCUCCCAAAGGAUAAAUUUGCAGCUACACCCCUAAUUCUGGCGACAGCAGAUCACGUAACUUCAGCUUUUAAGCACGAUGCCGCCAGUCUGUGGAUAGAAAAUGCUACCAGUUCUACCUUUUACAUUUGUCUCAGAGAGUUACAAAACUACGAUGGUCUACAUGAAGCCAUCCUUGUGAACUGGAUGGCUUUUGAAGAAAUUCAUCGACCGCUUUUCGCUGAAAGUAGAAAAAUAGACUUUCCUAACAACAGCUCUGUUUCUUCAAAGUACAAUGGUGCGUUCUGCAAGGACGUGCAGUUCGUUAAGACUUAUGACAAGGAGCCUACGGUGCUAAUCACCACGAAUCACAAUUCAGAAGGAAACAACCUAAAGCCAAAGUACAUAUCUGUUACUGCGUGGAUAGAGCAUAUCCAGACAUCAGAAUUUCGUAUUUGUCUCAAGGAGUUGUUUGCUGAUCAGCAUGACCCUGUUACCGUGUCUUACGUUGUUCUGGCAGACGUGUGUAAACCUGGCUGGUCUUACUUUUCUGGCCUUUGCUACUCCACAAGUACAUCAUGCAAAAACUGGACCGAGGCACAGAAAACCUGCCAACUAUACAACACCAGCCUCAUCUCCGUAAAAAGUCAAGAAGAAAAUGUCUACAUACAGCACCGUCUCAAUGGAGAGAAAGGAUGGAUUGGAUUUAAUGACAGAGACACCGAGGGCACCUUUGUUUGGGCCGGUAAACAGUUAAGCAACUUCACUUACUGGGCCCCACAUCAACCCAACGAUUUCAGACGGAACGAGGACUGUGUUCAUACCUUGGGAGUUGGACAUAAAUUCACAUGGAAUGACGUUAAUUGUGGAAGGUGUCAUUAAUACACAUGUUCCGAAGACCUUGAUGAAUGUAAAGGAAAUAAUCAUGACUGCUACUAGAAUGGGAUUUGUGCCAAUAGACAGGGAUCAUUCCAAAAAGAUGUCGAUGAAUGUACACUAAGCAGUCAUGACUGUGUUGCCAACGCGAAAUGUACCAACAUUCCAGGAUCAUUUACGUGCCAGUGUGACCAUGUGGCUCACUACUAUGGAAACAGGACCAAGUGUCAUCCUUUCAGAGGAUUCACUGACUCGAGAAUCAUAGGUGGAGAUACCAAAAAAAUCUCUCAGUUACAUUCCUGGCUGCAUUCCCGCUUGCAGAGUCCGUCUAAGAGUUACUGGAGACUGUGCUAUAGAGCCUCAAGUUAUGGAUGGAGGGUGUCAGAAUUUCACAAUUACUGUGAUAACCAAGGACCCACAGUGACAAUCAUUCGUGCUCAUGGUUACAUUUUUGGGGGUUACUAUGAUCAUUCAUGGACAGGGACUGGAGGCUAUACCUAUUCAACAAAAGCCUUUAUUUUCUCUCUCAAAAACUACUACGGAUAUGGGUACUUCAAAAAAGACAUUAACAAUUACAAUUGUGCUACACUUGACCUUAGCCAUUAUGGUCCGACAUUUGGUGGAGGACAUGAUAUUAUCGUCGCAGAUAAUGCAAAUAGUAACUAUAAUUCUUACUUCAAUUGGAAUUCUUAUUCUGGUAAAUACAACAACAAUGAUGUCUGGACAGGAAGCAGAACUUUCUGUCCAGAUGAGGUAGAGGUCUAUUAUCUAGUGAGAAGUUAGUCAAGCAAUCUGAACAAAUCAUGUGAAAUUGUUAGCGUGGGAUGUCUGUUAUAACUUUAAUGCGUGAAACAGGUAUGCUGUUGUGUCUCCAUGGGAUAAAUUCUAUCAAAUAUAAGGAUAUUGAUUGAUUGAUAUUACCUUGUGUAAAUAAUUGUGCGCUAUGAUAAUGUAAUGCGUGAGGUCGGGCUCA